UUUAUUGAUGUUGCACAGACAUACAUUAUAGCAUUAAGGUAAGUUAAAUUAAUACAUAAUUGAUGUGUUUGUGUACAUUUAGUUAGGAUGUGUGAUCCACCCGUCUCUAGAUUUUCUGUAGUUUUUUCAUAUCUUCAUGUGAAUUUUUCCUCUGAUGGCUUAACAUAAUCGAUUUUGCUAAACUAAAUUAGAAAUAAAUUUAUGUAAAAUUUUAAUCUUCCCUUGUAUCCACGUACCACUGAAUCCGGCCGAGCCAUGAACUGUACCACACUUAGUUGUAUUAUAAAUUCGUUGACUAAUAAAUACUGUUUGCUUGAUUUUAUAAUAUUUCAGACUACAUGACUAGUUGAAGUUACCGAGGGGCGUGAAUCUUGGAUACAUUGGAUAAUGUGACAGACAUACAGUGGACACCUGUAGUGAUAUUUUGUGAGUCGACAAAAAUUCUCCUGACAUGUGAUAGUUUGAUCAGCCAGGCUUUUAAUGAUAAAAGUACAGUACACAGUAACAGAUUGUAAACUUUCAUUGAGACAACGUUUCGCGUGGAGACUAAGCUCUUUCAACUAGGACGUUUUUUUAAGCAAUCUCACAAAGUUUUUUCGUUCCACAAAGUUACAAGUCACUAGUUUGAAAGUCGUGUCUUUACAAAUUACAACACCUUAUAACAUAAAUUCAUACUUUCUAACCCGGUCUGCCAUUCCCUCGUAAUACAAAGGAUUAACGCACAGUGUAGUGAAUUUUAUGACCAAUAUUAGCAAUUGUGUUAAUUGUUCUAGUUGUUAGGUAAUAUGUUCACUUUCAACAACUAUAUAAUGUUAAAAAAACUAUAUAUACAGUAACUGAACUGUUUAAAUAUUACCGUUUAUAUUAAACUUAAGUCCAUAUCUAGGGUAACCUAUGGUUACACUCCAAACUCCAGUGUCCAGAUUUUAUCUCUGAUAAAAUCUGAACACUGGAAAUCUUUUUGAUAGCAUUUCUUCUAAACAUAGUUUCAUGAUAUAAUAAUAUCACUCUUCGCGAAUCUUGUAUAUGUUCAUUUUUCAUUUGUACUUAAUUAAUGUACUUAAUGUACUCGUCCAUAAUUUACAGUACCCUCCAUUACUCUUUCAGUGUAAAAUCGUACAGGUAAAAAUGACACAUCGAAUCUAAGCUAGGCUAACCAGCAUCCGUAUCUAACCUAGCCAAAACCUAAUUUGCACCUAAUUUGUUCACAUGACAGUAAAUAGGUACCUGGGUGGCUAUCCCUCCGGGUUAAAAAUCCAAACAAUUCUUAUUUAAACCUAACUUACCUUAACCUGUCUUAAGCUAACUUUACCUAACUACAACCCCUACCUAACUUUAGGUAGGUAAUGGUAUAAAGUACAGAUAAGAUGAGAAAUGUACACAUUCGAUUACAUUGAUACUUUAUUGACAAUGUUUUUCCUAUACAGUCUUAAUGAUGUACAACACUUCAGCCAGUCAGGUAGCUAAUUGCCUGGCUACCAGGCAAUCAGCCAGGUAGCCAGUCAACCAGGCAGGUAGCGAGUCAACCAAACAUUAAUCAAGUAGCCAACCAACCUACUCACCAAUCAGCCAUCAACCCGUCGCCAGGUGUGUAGAGGGAAGGAUGCACCUGAUUGUGGGAGCUGAGCAAUGGGUGCCGUGGCUAAGAUUCACACAUCACGAGGUGACGGGGAAACUUACCUACUCAGGCAUCAUGCACAACCUCCUCCUCGCUCUCUCCCAGACCAUGAAUUUUACUGAAGUAGAUUUCGCCCUAGGCCCCUUCACUAUCAACUGGGAACGGUACCACUACUGUUGUCAGUUUAGUCAACCCAUCUUCAUGGAUUACACGAGUGUCUUCAUCCGCAGGUCUGGGCUUCAGACAGACCUCUUUGCUUUCAGCCGACCCUUCCAGUGGCAGGUAUGGCUUGGACUGGUGGCUGCAGCCGUACUCACAUGGAUCGUCCUCUUUGUCUUCUUCUACCUCAGUCCAUACGAACAGCAAACAGUAAUAAACGAAUAUAAUAAAAAAAGCGAGAAGUCACAAGCUAAGCAGAAGACCAGCACAGAGAAGUCCCCAACAAUGUGGAUUAUUGGAACACUCUUCAAUCAAGGUGAGGCUUGGAUGCCUGUGAGUGCCAGUAGACGAGUGAUGACAGCAGUGUGGCUCUUCUUCUGUUUCAUCUUCAUUUCUGUCUUCUCCAGCACUCUCACAGCCAUGCUCUCCAUGCCCAAGGUUGUUGUGCCCAUCGACAGCAUGAAGGACUUGGUCAGUCAGAGGAGGGUGCCAUGGACUAUCGAGUCUGGUUCCUCAUUCUUCCAAAUAGUCAGUCAAGCCACAGAAGGGCUCUACAAAGCCUUAUGGACGGGCCACUCACAUACCAUCACAGACUGCUACACCUUCAGGAACGACAUUCUCGCUGGAAAGUACGCAUCCAUCUGUGACAAAAUGACGAUGAAGAAGGUGGGAUAUAAUUAA